AUGGCGGCGAAAUUUGCGUUCUUUCCGCCGAAUCCGCCGUCGUACGGGGUGGUGGCGGAGGAGGGGACUGGCAAACUGAGGAUGACUGAGGUGACGGAGAAGGAUAACGUGGAUGUUUUGAAAGUGAAGACCAAGAGGGGGAACGAGAUCGUUGCGAUGUAUGUGAAGAAUCCAGUGGCGAAGCUGUCGAUUCUAUACUCCCACGGCAACGCCGCCGAUCUGGGUCAGAUGUAUGAUCUUUUCAGUGAGCUCAGCAUUCACCUACGAGUCAACAUGAUGGGGUAUGACUACUCAGGGUAUGGACAGUCCACCGGCAAGCCAAGUGAGCAGAACACUUACGCGGAUAUAGAAGCUGUGUAUAAAUGUCUUCAAGAUACUUACGGGGUGAAAGAAGAAGAUAUAAUCUUAUACGGGCAAUCUGUUGGGAGCGGCCCCACUUUGGAUUUGGCAUCCUGUUUUCCUAGAUUAAGGGCAGUUGUUCUUCACAGUCCAAUCAUGUCUGGUCUUCGAGUAAUGUAUCCAGUUAAGCGGACGUACUGGUUUGACAUUUAUAAGAAUAUUGAAAAAAUUCCAUUGGUUCAAUGUCCUGUCUUAGUUAUUCAUGGUACUGCAGAUGACGUUGUAGAUUGCUCCCACGGGAAGCAGCUCUGGGAGCUUUGCAAAGAGAAGUACGAGCCCUUAUGGGUUAAAGCCAGAGAAAGCCAGGAACAGUAUAGAUCGCUUUGGAGAUAUGAUGAGAUCGGCUGUUUUAUGCAAAAUCGACUGUUUCAAGCCUGUGGGUGCAAAGGUCUGAGGAUGGAUCAGAGGCAUUUUUAA